AUGAAAGCAUUAGUUGCCUUCAAAACCAAGCUUCUCACCCCAUGCAGGAAACUCCUCCGUGUCUUCAGGUUGAAGCUCCGAAAACACCUCUCUAUAAAGCCCCUCAAAGCCCUUGGUUCUGCUCAUCGUCGUCGCCAUAGCAGGGCCAGCUCGGCAGCACCCAAACCAUCCACCUCCCUCCUCUCGUCCUUCGGUCGCCAUAGAAAGAUGGACAGAGUGAUGGAGCUCAGGAGCACUGCAUCUGAAGCAGACCAUGACAGGAACAAGUUACUGACAUCUCCCGUCACCCCGGCUUACAUCAGGGCCUUCAGGUCCGGGAGCCGGUUUGGGGACGAAACCGUGGAAGAUGCCUGCAGAAGCUUCGAGAACUACUUGGUGGAGAUGAUUGUUGAGGAAGGGAAGAUGAGGGACCUGAUGGAUGUUGAGGACCUUCUCUACUGCUGGAAGAACCUCAAGUGCCCUGUUUUCAUUGACUUGGUCUGCACUUUCUAUGGCGAGCUCUGCAAGGACUUGUUUGCUCCGGAUCAUGAUGAAAUCGAAAUUCACACAACGAGUUCGCCCAGCUAG